GCACAAAACCAGGCCCCGAAAUAACCGCCUGCAUCACUUCCUCUCCAGGCUCUGAGCGCGGCACUCUUGAGACGCCCGGAGGGUACAUCACACCGAACGUCUCGCGGAGAGAGAGAGAGAGGCCAAGCCGAUGCAGCCGGAGCAACCAUGGAAACGGAUGGGAACAACACGGAGAACGUGAGCGCGUUUCACGAGCAGGUUCCGGGGGAGUACCGGCUGGUCGGGCUCGUGUUCUACUGCGUGAUCUUCGUCAUCGGCAUGGCGGUCAACCUGACGGCGCUCUGGGUCUUCGGCAUGACCACCAAGAAGAGGAACUCGGUGACCAUCUACAUGAUCAACGUGGCCAUCGUGGACCUGCUGUUCAUCGUGCUGCUGCCGUUCCGCAUGGUGUACUACGGCCUGGACCGCUGGCCGUUCGGCGACGCCUUCUGCCGCGUCAGCGCGGCGCUGACCGUCUUCUACCCCAGCAUGGCGCUGUGGCUGUUCGCCCUGAUCAGCGCCGACCGCUACGUGGCCAUCGUGCAGCCGCGGCACAGCAAGGAGCUGAAGAACGUGCCCAAGGCGGCGCUGUCCUGCGUGGGCGUGUGGGUGAUGAACCUGGGCACCAGCGCGCCCCUGCUGUUCGCCCAGGACGACCCCGACCUCGCCGCCAACUACAGCACCUGCGUCAAGACGCGCGACCUGGCCCACCUGCGCCGCGACAACCCCGUCAACCUGGUGCGGCUGGCCUGCUGCUUCGUGGUGCCCGUCUGCAUCAUGCUGGGCUGCUACGCCGUCAUCGUGCACAGCCUGCUGCGCGGCCGCACCUCCCGGCUCAAGCCCAAGGUGAAGCGCAAGUCCGUGCGCAUCAUCGUCACGCUGAUGGCCCAGGUGCUGCUCUGCUUCCUGCCCUUCCACGUCUGCUUCAUCGUGAUCCUGCUCGGGGACGGGGAGGGCAGCCUCAGCGUCUGGGCCGCCUUCACCACCUUCCUGAUGAACAUGAGCACGGUGCUGGACAUCAUCCUGUACUACAUCGUGUCCAAGCAGUUCCAGGACCGCGUCAUCAGCGUCAUCCUCUACAGGAACUACCUGCGCAGCGUGCGCCGCAAGAGCAUGCACACCGGGAGCGUCCGCUCGCUCAGCAACCUGGCCAGCGGGGUCAUCUGAGCCGCCGGCCAAUCAGCGGGCUCGUCUGAACAAUCUGCACCCGCCCAACGAGAUUUACGGCCAAUCAGCAGGUCUGCUCAAGCAUCACAGCCAAUCAGCAGCCCCACAUGAACGAUCUGCACCCGCCCAACGAGCCUCGCAGCCAAUCAGCUUCCCUACCUGAAUCAAAUGCACCCGCCCAACAGGCCACACAGCCAAUCAGCAUUACCGUCUGUAUUUAAAGCACUUUAUAUUGGACGUGCUCACCUAACCCACAUCCACACCAGCAAAUUCACUGACAAAAAUGAGCUAUGGUUAGACAGCCACAUCAAGAGAGCCAGAUUGAGAAUUUGAUAAGGACUCUCGGGAACCAUUUACUCAAAGCGAUAGUGAGAGAUAGUGGGUCAAUAACGCAGGGCAAUGCUUUAGGAAUCAGGGUAUGCAGGUGUGCAGUCUACCUGUGUGCAGGCCAGGUAAAGAACGUUAUAGACUGGCAGGAUGUUAAAUUCGGGACUCACGGUCUGGAUGGCAGAAUGUUAAAGACUGGCAGGAUGUUAAAUUAGGGACUCACGGUCUGGAUGGCAGAAUGGUAAAGACUGGCAGGAUGUUAAAUUCGGGACUCACGGUCUGGAUGGCAGCAUGUUAAAGACUGGCAGGACGUUAAAUUAGGGAUUCACGGUCUGGAUGGCAGAAUGUUAAAGACUAGCAGGAUGUUAAAUUAGAGACUCACGGUCCAGACGGCAGGAUUUCCACUGACAGCUGGAGUACGUGCUUCAGGGCCUCAGUGAGCAGGAGGUCCACCAGAGCCGACAGCACCCAGGUCCCGAACAGAAAGGACUGCGGGAGAGAGACAGAUUGGAGCCACACAAAGACCCAGCAAACACCUUACAGCCCGUCAUCCUGCCUGCCAAGCCAGCUUCACAAACUGUCAUUCUCAACUGCAAAUGCACUGUUCCCAUGCAGGAACCGGUUCAAAUGCACUGUUCCCACGCAGGAACCUGUUCAAAUGCACUGUUCCCAUACAGGAACCUGUUCAAAUGCACUGUUCCCACGCAGUAACCUGUUCAAAUGCACUGUUCCCACGCAGGAACCUGUUCAAAUGCACUGUUCCCACGCAGGAACCUGUUCAAAUGCACCGUUCCCACGCAGGAACCCGUUUUACUGUCACACCCUUCAACGUUUCAUCUGCAAGUUAUAAGUUAAUAAUAGGUUAAUAAUGUCCUGUAACGGUGAAUUAUCAAAUGUAAACCAUCCAAUGUUAACACACAAAUUACUGUAUAGUACGUACACUGUAUGACAAAACAACAAUGGGAAAUGUAUUAAUAUAGCUGGUGCUGUAAUUUUCAUUAAAAAACUAAAAGCCCAUUAAAUGUGAUUGAAACUAACAGAGAUGUUAUUAAUGAGCAAAGAGAGCAUGUACUUUCUGAAACUGUUCAGGCUUCCAAAAGAAGGAUGGCAGUAGAACCUCUUCUUUAACCACCCAUUGAGGGAUCAUGAAGAACUGUGAAAUAUUGUUGAAUAAAUUAUCUUCAUUAAUCUAAUUAUUGGUGGUUACUGUUAAUAAAAUAAUUCACCGUACUGGCACUGGCCUGAGGAACCAGAAUCAAGCAUGAGUAGAGAAUGAUUUGUAUCUGUACAUAAUCAUAAUAAUGUUGUUUGUUCUGUGUGCAAUGUUGUCCUCAACCACCCAGACAAUAAAAGCACAGGGCACACAUGAUCUGGGCUGAACAGUCUAUACCGCAGUGUAAAUAUUUAUAUACUUAUCUAAGAAGAUAUAAAGGAAAUUAUACCUACUUGUUUUACUUGUAAUUAUGUUCAGAGUUUAUGAUCUUUAUGUCCAACUUGUAAUUGCAUCAUAACAAUACUAAAUUGCAAAUUGCACUGAUAA